AAAUUAAAUCAAAAAUUUAAACUAAAUGUUUUAUACAUCUACUCUUUUAUCUAUAUUAGAAGUAAUAUUACUUAUAUUACCUGCUUUAUUAGCUGUAGCUUUUGUAACAGUAGCUGAAAGAAAAACAAUGGCUAGCAUGCAAAGAAGACUAGGACCUAAUGCCGUAGGGUAUUACGGACUACUUCAAGCUUUUGCGGAUGCUUUAAAAUUAAUUUUAAAAGAAUAUGUAGCACCAACACAAGCUAACACUAUUCUAUUUUUCUUAGGUCCUGUUAUUACACUAGUUUUUGCUUUAUUAGGUUACGCAGUAAUACUUACGGACCUGGUUUAGUUUUAAACGACAUGGAACUUGGUAUAUUAUAUAUGUUAGCUGUUUCAUCAUUAGGGACAUAUGGUAUUUUAUUAGCAGGAUGAAGUGCUAAUAGUAAAUAUGCAUUCUUAGGUUCUCUUAGAAGUACAGCCCAAUUAAUUAGUUACGAACUUGUUUUAAGUUCAGCAAUUUUAUUAAUAAUUAUGAUUACUAGUAGUCUUAAUUUAAAUAUGAACAUACAAGCUCAAAAAGCAGUAUGACUUUUAUUACCAUUAUUCCCUGUUUUCUUAAUAUUCUUUAUAGGUACUAUAGCUGAAACAAAUAGAGCUCCUUUUGAUUUAGCUGAGGCUGAAUCUGAAUUAGUUAGUGGAUUUAUGACAGAACACGCGGCAGUUGUGUUUGUAUUCUUUUUCUUAGCUGAAUAUGGUAGUAUCUUAUUAAUGUGUAUAUUAACUAGUAUUCUUUUCAUAGGAGGAUACUUAUCAGGAUUUGACCUAAUUUACUGAUUUAAUACUAUAAAUAAUAUUUGAGCAUAUAUUUUCGAUAUUGAUUGAGUAGUAUCUUCAGAAUACUAUACUAUAAAAAAUUAUGUAGCUAGUUUUGCUGAAAGUGGUCUUUUCUAUGGUAUUAUUAUAGGAUUAAAAAGUGCUAUUUUUGUAUUUGUUUUCAUAUGAGUAAGAGCGUCAUUCCCUAGAAUACGUUUUGAUCAAUUAAUGUCAUUCUGUUGAACAGUAUUAUUACCAUUAAUGUUUGCAUUUAUUGUUUUAUUACCUUGUACUUUAUAUUCAUUUGAUGUAUUUGUACUAAAUAUAGCUAUAUAA